CAAUGCGAUGUGAUUCUCCGUUCAGUGAUCUAUCCAGGAGACAUCGGACAGACCCCCCCUCUGAUCAUGCUCUCUUUGCAGCUUGCGUUCUUUUUCCUGGUCACGCUGGGACAAGUCUGCUGCCAGCCAGACCAACGCUCUGCCAAUCUACGAAAGUUUCCUCAGUGGCUGACGGGGCUGAUAGCGGUAGCCGUGUUCCUUUUUCUCGUUCUCGUGGUUUACGUGGCUAACAGGGUGUGGAACAGAAGAACACAAGAUAUCAAGGACCCAGACAUGGCGAUGAAAUCUACAGAUGAAGAUGUGACCUCCAAUGGCACGUACCACCAGUAUAGGGUGCAUGAUGUCAGAUCCAGUGAGCAUGACAACGCGUAUGAAAACCCAAUCGAGGUCACAGACAACGUACUCAGUACUGCUAUGUAGCGAUGCCAAUUCCUAAUAGGCUAUUGUAUAGGGUUGGUCUGGAAAUAAGAUGGUAGAAGAACACCACAGGGCAUGAAGGAUGACGUUGCGAUCCUUCACUGAACCAGAAAGAACGGGGAGGAAGAUACAAAACCGACACUCAAACAAACAGAUAAAGAUUUUGGGGAAAUAAAUAGAUUCAUGAAAUACAAUCACAGUCUGACGGUUCGGAAUAACCAGAAUAAUAAAUUCUGCAAAAUUCUGCAAAUUGAGUAGUAGAUCAUGUACCCCAUUCAGCAGAGGAUGUCUGGCCCCCCAGAUUAUCAAUGGAUGAAUAUCAAUGUUAGUUGAAAAUAUUAAGAAAAUGCAAUAAUAAUAAACAGAUUUGUAAAUGUAAUAGAUUUUUUUUAUGAAUGAAUGAAGAAUAAAUGAUUGAUUUCGUGUAA